AUAGCGCCCCACAUUUCGUGAAAAGCCAUCGAAGUGCGCGUCCGUCUAUCUGUAUCUGAUCGUCGUGCAAUCGGCCUCUUCUCCUUCUUCUUGUUUGUUUGUUUGUUUGUCUGUCUGUCUGUCUGAUGCUACUCCGAUGGGUAAUAAGGCCACCGACGAACAGGUCUCCGUCGUUCGCGCUGUCGUUGGUCAAGAUUUCUCAGAUAUGGACAUCAUCCGCGCCCUCCAUAUGGCCAACAACGACGCCGCCGCUGCAAUCAACAUCAUCUUCGAUACUCCUCACUUUCGCAUUUCCUCCUCCCCUCCAAACAAAAACCCUAAUCCCCCGGUGAUCCUCAAGGAGACUCAGAGUCCCGUUUCUUCGACUGCCAAAGUUAUCGCGGAGAGCCGCGUCACCCCACCGGAGUCAUCGGAACAAGAAAUAGAGGGACACUGGUGGCUUGUCGGGACCUCGGAGCUCGCGGGGCUUUCCACAUGCAAAGGAAGGAGGAUCAAAGUGGGGGACAAGGUGAACUUCUCUUUUCCAUCACGAAAUAAAAUUACUUCCCCUUCCCCCGGCAAGUUCCCCGGCAGAGGGCGGUCCAUGGCUUCUUGUUCCGAGAUAGUGCGCUUCUCUACACAGGAAUCUGGAGAGAUUGGUCGCAUCCCGAAUGAAUGGGCUCGCUGCCUUUCGCCGCUCGUGAGGGAGAAGAAGAUCAGUAUCGAGGGCUUUUGCAGUUCUGCUCCGGAAAUACUUGGCAUCAUGGACACCAUCCUCUUAUCAGUCAGUGUGUACAUCAAUGGUUUAAUGUUCCGUAAACAACAAAAAACAUUGGCGAGGUUAAAUCGUUCAGCAACGGAGGAAUCUACGGUGCAUCCGUUUCCAACACUUUUCAGAUUGCUUGGCCUCACCCCAUUUAAGAAAGCUCAGAUUACUCCAGAUGACAUUUGCUCAAAAAAACGGCGUAUAGAAUCAAAGGACAGUUCUGGUGCACAUACUGCUGUGCCACCCGCAGAGAAAUGUAGGAAACUAUCUACUCAAGGGAGUAAUAUGGAAAGCAGUCAUGAUUCUAUUUCAGAUCAUGAUUUUAAUAAAAUCGUUGGAAUUACAGAUGGUUCUGAAUUAGAGGAAAUGGACGCACCUGACACUCUGUUAUGUGAGUUAAGGCCAUACCAGAAGCAGGCUCUUCACUGGAUGGUGCAACUGGAGAAAGGAAAAUGUCCCGAGGAGGCAGCAACAAGUCUUCAUCCCUGCUGGGACGCGUAUCGUGUUGCAGAUAAGAGGAAGCUUGUCAUUUACUUAAACUCAUUUUCAGGGGAAGCCACUACUGAAUUCCCUAGCAGUCUGCACAUGUCCAGAGGAGGAAUUCUGGCAGAUGCAAUGGGUCUGGGGAAGACCAUCAUGACUCUAUGUCUUCUGCUUACUGAUUCUGACAAAGGGGCUCACUGUUCUCCGAUGAGUCGAUCCUUUGGUGAAGCUAAUGGAAAUAACCAUAUAUCUGACCAAUCACUUACUGGCCUAAAGAGUUCUGAAGGCAUUUCUGGUUCUGGCAAGCUUUUCAAAUCAAAAACCUUGUUUCGAGGUGGAAAUUUGAUUGUUUGUCCUAUGACACUCCUUGGCCAGUGGAAGGCUGAGAUUGAAACCCAUGCUCGGUGUGGUUCUCUUACCCUUUAUGUCCAUUAUGGACAAAGCCGUCCAAAGGAUGCAAAACUUCUUGCAGAGAAUGAUGUUGUUCUGACAACUUAUGGUGUGUUAGGAUCAGAAUUUUCAGCUGAGAAUGCUGAAGACAACGGUGUACUCUACUCAGUUAGAUGGUUCAGGAUUGUGCUUGAUGAAGCACAUACUAUAAAAUCCUCAAAAAGCCAGAUUUCUAUUGCAGCAGCUGCUCUAACUGCUGACCGUAGGUGGUGCCUUACAGGCACUCCUAUUCAGAAUAACCUAGAAGAUAUAUACAGUCUUCUUCGAUUUUUAAGGAUGGAGCCUUGGGGAAACUGGGGACUGUGGCAUAAGCUUAUACAAAGGCCCUAUGAGGAAGGUGAUGAACGCGGCCUGAAGUUGGUGCAGUCCAUUUUAAAGCCAAUAAUGUUAAGAAGAACAAAGUCAAGCACUGAUAAAGAUGGAAAGCCAAUUCUUGUUCUUCCUCCAGCUGACAUUCAGGUAAUUUAUUGUGAACUGACAACAGCUGAGCAGGACUUCUAUCAGGCUUUAUUUAGAAAAUCUAAGGUAAAGUUUGAUCAAUUUGUUGAGCAAGGACGGGUUCUACACAAUUAUGCUUCAAUUCUGGAGUUACUUUUACGUCUUCGCCAGUGCUGUGACCAUCCAUUUCUUGUCAUGAGUCGUGGUGACACGCAAGAAUAUGCAGACCUUAAUAAGCUUGCAAAGCAUUUCCUAAAGGUUGCCAAGGACUCCAGUGGAGAUUCUAACAUUAUCCCUUCAAAGGCAUAUGUUAAGGAAGUUGUGGAAGAGCUGCGUAAAGGCGAAGGAGAAUGUCCUAUAUGCCUUGAAGCUUUUGAAGAUGCAGUUUUAACACCUUGUGCUCAUCGUUUGUGUCGAGAAUGCCUAUUGGCUAGCUGGCGAAGUACAACGGCUGGUCUUUGUCCUGUUUGUAGGAAAGUGAUUAACAAGCAAGACCUUAUUACUGCACCUACUGAAAGCCGUUUUCAGAUUGACAUUGAGAAGAAUUGGGUGGAAUCCACCAAGGUUUCUGUUUUACUGCAAGAACUGGAAAAGCUUCGUCAUGCGGGUUCAAAAAGCAUUGUCUUCAGUCAAUGGACUGCUUUUUUGGAUCUUCUGCAAAUCCCCCUUUCUCGAAGCAAUCUCAAAUUUGUUCGUUUGGAUGGGACAUCAAAUCAACAACAGCGAGAGAAAAUAAUUAGUCAGUUUACUGAGGAUGAGAACAUUUUGGUACUAUUGAUGUCUUUGAAAGCUGGUGGUGUGGGGAUAAACCUUACUGCAGCAACCAAUGCCUUCCUCUUGGAUCCUUGGUGGAACCCAGCUGUUGAGGAGCAGGCUGUCAUGCGCAUACAUCGUAUUGGUCAAACUAAAAGUGUCUCAAUCAGGAGGUUUAUUGUGAAGGGGACAGUUGAGGAAAGGAUGGAAGUUGUGCAGGCACGGAAACAGAGGAUGAUAUCUGGAGCUCUAACUGAUCAGGAGGUUCGAACAGCAAGAAUAGAGGAGCUUAAGAUGUUCUUUACUUGAAAAAUGAACAUGUUAAAGAAAUUCAAGUUCCAAGCUUCAGCCUGGAGUGCGCUUGGAAGAGUUGUGAUACCAUUGCUGGUGACCGGAUCUCCCUCUGAAAAUACAUGAGCAGUAGUAAGAGCAUGUGAUAUAAUUAACCUCUUUCACCAGCAUUUGCUGCAGCAGUUGAUGUGCGCUCACCUCUGUUCACGAUGCUUAAUUUCAGAGGCACUGACAAGUGAAACUUCCUAUGAAGAUUGAUUUUGUGAGCAUUAUCUUGUGUUGUAAUUCUGUUUGCUUAUUUGAGGCUCCCCCUCACAUUCAUUUGCUCUAGACAGGUAGACCAAUCACAUAAUCUUCUGUAGCUCAUUCGGUACCGUAAUUUCUGUUGAAAUGGCUUUUAUAAUUGUAUACCAGUAGAGUUUAAAAG